AUGGCACAGAUUCGUGAGUUGGUAGAGCUUCCAAUGAGGCUUCCAAACCUUCAUAAGCUACCCAAAGGGAUAUUGCUGCAUGGCCCCCCAGGCUCUGGUAAGAAAAUGAUUGCAACAGCUGUAGCUGUUGAAACUGGAGCGUUCUUCUUUCGUAUUGCUUGGGAUGACAUUCGGUUUAAUCUGACUCGAAAGAGCGAAAUCAAUUUAUUUGAAGAAGCUGAAAAGAAUGCUCCCUCCAUCAUCUUUAUUCAUGAGUUUUAUAAUUCAUACACACAGGAGAAUAUUGUCUCAGAGCUUUUGACUCUUUUGAAUGGAUUAAAAUCUCGUGAUCGUAUUCUUGUAAUUGGAGCUGCACAUUGUCCAGAUACGGUUCACCCAAAGUUGAGGACCGGUAUAUUUGAUAGGGAAAUUGGUAUUGAUGCUCUUGAUGAAGCUGGAUGA